UCAGACACAACUGAGCGAUGGACACACACACAGCACCCCCAGCGCACCCCGGGCAGACGUGCGCACACUCCUGCUCACAAACUACCCCGGGGGCUUGGCUCCUGCAGAGAUGCUCUUCAGGGGGCGACAGCGAGCAGCGACAUUUGGGGAGCAUGACGGAGCAUCUCCACCAUCUCUGGGAACCCUUCCUCCUGGAUCUCCCCCCAGCCCUGCGGUCAGAUGCCGCGCAGCCGGCCAUCGCUAGCACCUCCGCGGCCCCGGUCACUCUCUGCAGGGAGACCCCCCGGGGCCAGCCAAGGCCGUGUCUCUGCGCACACCCUCCUGGUCGUGCACACCCUCCUGGUCGUGCACACCUUCCCGGUCGCGCACACCCUCCUGGUCGUGCACACCUUCCUGACCGCGCACACCUUCCCGGCUGUGCACACCUUCCUGACCGCGCACACCUUCCCGGCUGUGCACACCUUCCCGGUCGCGCACACCCUCCUGGUCGUGCACACCUUCCUGACCGCGCACACCUUCCCAGCUGUGCACACCUUCCCGGUCGCGCACACCCUCCUGGUCGUGCACACCUUCCUGACCGCGCACCACCUUCCUGGUAGUGUACACCUUCCCGAUCGCGCACACCUUCCCGAUCGUGCACACCUUCCUGAUCGUGCACACCUUCCUGGUCCUGCACCCCGCACUCUCCCCGAUGAGCUCAGUGAGCGCACACCUGGACCCCCAAAUACAGCCGCCCCCCGGAGCACGCUCAGCCCUCAGACCCUCUCACACGACCUGCACACCCAGAGGCUGCAGCCCUGCCCGCCGCACAGAGCCAGCUUCCGCCCAGCUCUCCUCGUCUGCCGGGAACACGUCUCCGCCCAGAACCUGGUCCGAUCUCCUCUUUCUGAUCACUUAAUCUCAGCAAGGCUCAUUUCCUCAGAGAGGCUACCCUGAGUUCCUUCUUCCUGUGGCUUCGACCCACUUCUCCUCGUGCUGCUUAUUGGGCAGCGCAUCACUGGCUCGUUUACUGCUUUUCGGGCCGUGGCCCUCCUCACCCCCCACAAGCAUGAGCACAGGCUGGACUCAGAGGCCCUCGGGCCUGGAACCGCGUUCGGGGUAGGGAAGGGUGACCAGUUAACACAGGAGGGGAAUUCACUUCCUGGUCAGAGUGCUCUGUUGCACAGACUUCCCGAGACACAGAUUCCCUGAUGAUACUGUUUGGCCUUGGAGAUGGAUCCCCUUGGUGAGAAUUUCCUUCCACGUGGGUCUCAGACCCAGCGAUUCCCCAAAGAACUUUCCUUUCUGACCCGGAGAGUCCAGUGAGCAUCCCUAGUUUCUCCAACAGCUUCCAGCCGUGGACACUGAUAGGAAUUUGGAGGGACACUCCGGCCCCUGUGGUGCAGACUUCCAGGCACCAGCGUCUUAAGGGUGAAUCCUCCCUGCCCAGGGCCUGGCCCAGUCGGCGAGGCAUAAGCCUAGGCCCUGCGCAGCGCGGAGACCUUCUGGUCCUGUCAUCACUGACGCUCCGAGGUCCGGCUUCCUCCUGGGAACUCAGUUCUAAGUUCAGACAGGGCCUGAGACCUCAGCCCCGUGCGGGGCUCACCCAGAGCCCCGGGCCCCUUCCUGGCUCAGAUGCCCUGCGGUGGCCUCUGUGUCACUCUGGCUUGAAUGCUGUCCCCGGUGCCCUUUUUCCUGCCCUGGAGGUCAGCAUUGUGUCCGUAAUAGUUGAUGCAGCCUCUUACCUGUGUGUGUUUGGAAGCCCCCAGCCUCCGUCUGGACUGGACCUUCAUCUGCACCUUUAUUUCCUCCGCGAUCCGCACCCAGCCUGAGUCCUGGGCACUCGGGAUCAUGUGCUCUGCUUUUGCUGUGGUUUAGUCGCUCAGUCGUGUCCGACUCUUUGGGACCCCAAGGACUGCAGCACUCGAGGCUUCCCUGUCCUUCACCAUCUCCCGGAACUUGCUCAAACUCAAGUCCAUCGAGUCGG